GAGCUCAAUGACCUGCUGCGCGACAUUUAGCAUAACCGAACUGUUCCUUCCCGCGCUGCAGAUGGCUAUGGAAGGGGCGCCGAUCUUCAACCGCAGCGUGGGCGAUGAGCAUCCCUGCGCAUUGCCCCGAGACGCGCUCGCAGACAUGUGGGCCACCGCGAGAGGAUCCACCAGGGUGGCGCAGCCCCGCGCUGGCACCGGGCCUGGAGCACCAGCAUCAGACCUCACCUUCAACUACCUCUUCGCAAAGGUAACGCGCCAUAUCGUGGAGGACGUGAUCGACCGCAACUUACACGUAGACAUCGACACAGAGCACCAGGAGGACAUCUUUUCCACUUCCAGACACGCGAGACAUGGUGAGGACGGAGGAGCACAGCUCACUGACACCUCCUGCGUUGACGACAUGAACGGCUGCGCCCGCAUGCAACGCAACAUCUUACCUGAAAUCAUCGGCGCCGCGAAGACGCUCUCCAACAUCAGGGUCAAAUGGAACAUGGCCCACGGCAUGCGACUCCACGCCAAAAAGGUGGUUGAUGAGCGAAAUCAGCUGGGCAUCGACAGCCAGACCAUCCUCAACGACGCGGUCACCAACUCGGUCCUCUUCUACAGAUUUCACAUUUGGAACCGUCUCAACCAGGGGCAGCUCCAUACCAUUGGGACCGAGUACCUUAAGGGAGACAGGAUGGCAGCUGGAUGCGAGGCGCACAAUUACGACCAGAAAAUUAACAACGGCAAGGUACCUACCGACGUAGACGACCAUAUUCGCACAUGGCCACGCGUAGCUGCAGGCUACGAUAUCUACAGCGACUCUUACAACAU